AUGUCCGAACCCCGGAAGUCGUCCGUGGUCCUGGAAGCCCACGAAGUCGAUACCUUCCAUGUUCCCGAGGCAUUCUACAAGAAACACCCCACGCGUCCUCAUUUGAAAGAUCUAGACGAGUACAAGCAGCUCUAUGAAGAGUCGAUCAGCACCCCGGAUACCUUCUGGGCCCGAAUGGCCCGCGACCUUCUCACAUUCGAGAGAGACUUCCAAACCACUCACAUUGGCUCCUUGGAGAAUGGUGACAAUGCCUGGUUCCCCGAGGGCCGCUUAAACGCCUCCUUCAAUUGCGUCGACCGCCACGCCAUCAAGAACCCCAACAAGGUCGCCAUCAUCUACGAGGCGGACGAGCCCAACGAGAGUCGCACGAUCACCUACGGCGAAUUGCUUCGUGAAGUGUCCCGGGUGGCCUGGGUGUUGAAGCAGCAUGGGGUGAAGAAGGGUGAUACUGUCGCGAUCUACCUCCCCAUGAUCCCAGAGGCCGUCGUUGCCUUUCUGGCCUGUUCCCGCAUCGGCGCCAUCCACUCCGUCGUUUUCGCCGGUUUCUCGUCGGAUUCUCUCCGUGAUCGUGUCCUGGACGCCAGUUCUAAGGUGGUGAUCACGACGGACGAGGGCAAACGUGGUGGCAAGGUCAUCGGUACCAAGCGCAUUGUCGAUGAAGCCCUCAAGCAGUGUCCCAAUGUCUCGAACGUUCUUGUGUACAAGCGUACCGGGGCGGAAGUUCCCUGGACCAAGGGCCGCGAUGUCUGGUGGCACGAGGAAGUUGAGAAAUACCCUAACUACAUCGCCCCCGAGUCGAUGAGCUCCGAAGACCCAUUGUUCCUUCUCUACACUUCUGGCUCCACCGGAAAGCCGAAGGGCGUUAUGCAUACCACCGCGGGAUACUUACUCGGGGCUGCCAUGACGGGUAAAUAUGUCUUUGACAUUCACGACGAUGAUCGUUUCUUCUGCGGUGGUGAUGUCGGUUGGAUUACCGGCCACACCUACGUUGUGUAUGCGCCAUUGCUGCUGGGAUGCGCAACCGUUGUCUUCGAGAGUACUCCGGCGUACCCCAACUUCUCUCGCUACUGGGACGUGAUUGAAAAACAUAAAGUCACCCAAUUCUACGUGGCUCCCACGGCACUGCGGCUGCUGAAGCGCGCUGGUGAUGAGCACAUCCAUCAUGAGAUGGCCCACCUGCGUAUCUUGGGCUCCGUCGGUGAGCCCAUUGCUGCGGAAGUUUGGAAGUGGUACUUCGAGAAGGUCGGCAAGGAGGACGCCCAUAUCUGCGACACCUACUGGCAAACUGAGACUGGUUCCCACGUCAUUACCCCCUUGGGCGGCAUUACUCCCACCAAGCCCGGAAGUGCGUCCCUGCCAUUCUUCGGUAUUGAGCCGGCCAUCAUUGAUCCAGUCUCCGGAGAGGAGAUUUCCGGAAACGACGUGGAAGGUGUACUUGCUUUCAAACAGCCGUGGCCGAGCAUGGCCCGCACGGUGUGGGGUGCUCACAAGCGGUACAUGGAUACGUACCUGAAUGUGUACAAGGGAUACUACUUCACUGGUGACGGUGCCGGUCGUGACCACGACGGAUACUAUUGGAUCCGUGGUCGUGUGGACGACGUGGUGAACGUAUCUGGUCACCGUCUUUCCACCGCAGAAAUUGAGGCUGCUCUCCUCGAGCAUCAUAUGGUUGCCGAAGCCGCUGUGGUCGGUAUUGCCGACGAACUUACUGGCCAAGCCGUCAAUGCGUUUGUGGCCCUGAAGGACGGCAACGAGACCAACGAACAGGUCCGCAAGGAUCUUGUCAUGCAGGUUCGCAAGUCGAUUGGACCGUUCGCAGCCCCCAAGGCAGUCUUCGUUGUCGAGGACCUCCCUAAGACCCGGAGUGGUAAGAUUAUGCGCCGCAUCUUGCGGAAGAUCCUGAGUGGCGAGGAGGAUAGCUUGGGUGAUACCUCAACGCUAUCGGACCCCUCGGUGGUUGACAAGAUCAUCAGUGCAGUUCACACUGCAAGAGGCAAAUAG